AUGAGCGCCCCCGAUGAGGUGCCCAGCUGUGGAGCGGGUUUCGGGGAGGAGGGCGGGGAGCAGACCGGCGUCGGCCCUGCCAGCCCUGGAGCCCCGCGGGGCCCACAGGGACUAGGUGUGGAUCUGGGGCCGCCACCCAGCGGUGAGGACGAGGGCGGGGUCCCAGACCCCGAGGGCUUCGAGUCCGAGCAGGAAGUGACGGAAACGGGAGGGCCCGUGUUCUGGGACCUAGAAGGCCGCCCCGGCUCCCCGACCGACCACUCGGGGGACGCCCUGGACUGCGCGUCCCACCUUGCGGACGAGGCCGUGGCAGCCAUCGUGCAGCAGCUGACCAACCAGGAUGGCCUGGGCGUGCGGAGAAACCCGUACCCGGAGGGCUGCGUCGUGGAGGCGGGCCUGGAGGCAGGGCCCCAAGGGAGAGGCGCGCUUGCCCUUAGCCGCAGAGAGUCGCAGCCGCCUGCCGCCGCCCUUCUCCGCCUCGGUGAGCCCGAGGGAGGCCCGGCCUGGGCGAACCCGAAAACAAGCACGAAGAGCAGGUCGAACGUCGCCGUGGUGGAUCGCCAGCGGCCCUCCGCCGAAAGCCCGCCGAAAGCGAGCCUUUCCGACAGCGAGUCAGCAGAUGAGUUUAGUGAGAUACAGCUGAUGAGGGUGAGCAUUUACGCCAAAGGAGGAGGCCAACUCAAGCCCAACAACCCCGAGGAUCCCUGGGACACACCCAGACACUCGAAAUUCCAUGUCAGGGAGAAUUUCCUCCACAUGCUUGGCUCUUUCCCGUCCUCCGCUCCCCGAGGACUCACUUCGGUUGUGGAGAGUCAGGCCGUUGGAGAGCUGGACAUCUCCUCCUCUAGGAAAAUGCAGAGCGUGGUCAGGGGGAAGGGGGGGAACAGGCCCAGCUACCCAAGAUCUGCUGCUGCUGGCGGCCUGCCCCGGACCACCCCUAAGAAAAAGGUGGCCCAGGAGAAGAAAUCCCCAGGGGGGACCUCAAAUGUUGCCCUGGGGAGAAUGUUCCCUUCCUGGGGGCAGAGAGUCUCCGCGGCACCCCUGGAACCAGCCACCUUCCCCCCAGUAACUGGUGUUCCGCUGCUUGGGAGGUCCAAGAGGUAUUCCUUGGUCCCUCCGGGAACCAAACAGUCCAAGCACACCCCUGCCGGGAAGAAAUCUGUCGCCAGGAGGACUCAGAAGGCGGAGCCGGUGGUGGCUGGAGAAGACAAUGACUCAAACAGAGACGCUGUCCCAAAGCAGCUUUCAGCACACAGGCCAGAGCCGUCUUGUCCGUUCAUGCAUCGUGAGGCAAGCAGUCGUGGUGACCUCAACCCCAGAGCCCCCCAGUUUCAGGGAAGCUCACAGCCCUUGGCUCCGAGCCAGGGAGACGUCAUGCCCAGAGAGCCCGCACCCUCGGAUGACCAGGAAGCGCUUGUCCACCCCCCAAGACCGGAAAGGCAGCAGCAACCACCUGGAGCACAGGGCUGUCCUCAGUGUCUCCUGCUGCAGAGAGAAGUUGACAACCUGAAAGAGCAGCUUGCGGCCCUGCAGUCCCUGACUGACCAGUUCCAGACCCUUUGA